UUUACCUAAAAGGUUGUCCUAUUAGAGUUAUUAUUUUAAAGAUAGAAAGUGAAGACAACUUUGAAUUUUUUGAAAAGCAGCCUUUAGACUUUGAAGUACAAACUACAUUAAUUAGUAAUCAAAACUCUGUUGAAAUAGCAGAUGUUCCAGUAGUAGAACGAUUAUUUACUAGUUUGGAUGAAAUAGAUCAAUUUUUAUCUUUGUAUACAAACAAAGAUAAUUUUGAAGUUCCUGAAGAGCAAUCUAUAGACAUUGAAGUACAAACUACAAUAAUUAGUAACCAAAAUUCUGUUGAAAUAGCAAAGCAACCUUUAGACGUUGAAGUACAAAUAACAAUAAUUAGUAACCAAAAUUCUGGUAAAAUAGUAGAUACUCCAGUAGUAGGACAAACAUUUUCUAAUUGGGAUGAAAUAGAUCGGUUUAUAUCUUUAUAUGCAAAAUCUCUAAAUUUUGUUAGUGUAAUACGUAGCUCAGAAUAUAAUAAUGGAGUUUGUCAAAGCCACCGAUAUGCUUGUAAACAUCAAGGUUAUAGUGAAACACAGCAGCAAUCUUUUAUCAUUGGAUUGGGCGAUAAUACUAAUGCAGAACAUGUUGAACAAUCCUUUCCUGAUUUAACUUUUUGUUUGCCAAAUAUUUCAUUUAAUGAUAUCUAUACCAAAAUUAAUUAUCGUAAAUCUUAUAUGAUGAUCAAUGGAUUGUCAAAAAAAGCUAUACAAACCAGGAUAGAUACUAGUUCUGGUGCAAUAAAAGAGCUUGAAGAUUUUAUGAAUAAGUUUAUUACCAAACAU